UACCGAUAUGGAACCCCAACCAGCACCACCGAUCUUCGGACGACCCUGUUAUGAUACUAGUAGUGGCUCACACAGCCUUCAAGCCCCGGAUUCCCUUUAUCUGCCUUCCUUAUAAAAGACCAUAACCCCUGUAGUCAGCCGAUCUCCUUACAAUCUUUUAGAAGACACGGCUCAUCAGUGGCAGCAGCAGCAGAAUGGAUGAAGGGAACGAUGAAGACACUAAAAGUAGUAUAUGCCGAGAGGCUGUUGCGCUCUGCAAAAUUGAGUGGACCAAUCAGGACAUUAGUGCUACGUUAGAGAGAUCGUCGGAGGCAAAAGAGAGUACAAGGGAGAUUGAGGAUCAUGUAGCCUAUUUGGAGGGACUUCUAGCGGAAGCCAAUGCACAGAAAGAAGUCUGUACUUCCCGGGAAAAAGGUCUCAAGAGAAAACUGGAAGGGUUGAAACAGAAAAAGACCGCCCAAGAAAACCAUGUACAAGAUAUCGUGGAAAGAGGAAAUUUGGAAAGCCCUCGUGAAUUGAAUAUCUUAGGCCUUGGUGAGAAAGAAUCAGAGUUAUCAGAGGAAGAAACGCAAGUGUUACAAGCCAUUCAAGACAUUCGCAACUUUAUGGAAGCGGGAAAACUGGAGGAAGCACGCACCGCAGAAGCAGCCUUGGCGGCCUGGGUGAAUAGUGACGAUGAUUUGGUCUUUCCGGACCCUACUCGCAUUUUGGGAGCACAUCAUGCCAAGCGUGCUCAGUUUGUUCGCCCCUACAGCAUUUGUUCCUCGGAAGAUGUGGAAGCCACUCUGGAAUACGCCUCUGAAAGGCCGGAAGAAGUCAUACCUCCUCUAGCGGGUGAUGCUAUCAUGGAAUUCAUGAUGGGAAUGAUGGGGAAUCCGCAAAAAUGCCCCAAACCACCGCACAUCAAGCUGCAAGUCUUGAAUGAGAUUCGUUGCUUUGCAAUGGUUCUUGAUAAGGCCAGAAAGGCUGCAAGGAAGCAAGUCGCGGAGGACAGUGAUGAUGAUGACGAGGAGGAGGAAGACAGUGAUAGCGAAGACGAGGAAGACAGAAGGCAAAGGAAACUGGUUGGCAAACGAGCGAUCAGCUGGAACUCCAUUGAAGUGUCAAUCCGCAAACAUCAAGAACUUAAAUUGAAGCACAACACUAUGCAGCUUGAGCUCCCCAGCGACAAGUCAGCUCCUAUAGCCAGAUUCAACACCGAGGCUCAUUUUAGAUUUGCAAGUCCCACGUCCCUGGAAUCUACUCCAGAUCUGACGAGAGCAAUGGUUCGCUGUGAACUCCGCGAACUCUCUGACGAUCCCACAUUGUCGUCGUCCAAAGAGGGCACUUCUUCUCUGACUAUCCCUCGACCUGCUGUCUACGAGGCCUGGCCCGAGGAAUUUGAUAGGGGGAGAUUCCACAUGGAUCUGGACGGCGACUGGAUUGGAAGAUGCGGAGGAAAGGAGGUAGACUGCUUCCCAGUUCCAAGCCCUGAAAGCGAUCAUGGUCCAGAUAUUCCAGAACUGCGCGAACUUCGAGAAGGGCCAGCUGGUAAGGAUUGGUACACGGGCUGCAUCGCGGACUCAAAACGAAAGCUUGUUUGGGCCACGAAUGGCACGGGUGAUCUGCAUGGCUUUUCUUGCGAGAGUACAGAGAAAGUGGCAAGCUUGUCGUUUGGUAAACAAGAAAAGAUGAAGAAUCGACGAUUUUUUGGUGACGGUUUUUUCAACAUCUGCCGUGUGGGCAAUCACAUUGUCGGGUCGGGUGUAACCUCCAACCUAUCGGUCUGGUGUAUAGACCAGGCACUGGAAAACUUUGCCAGCAACGGAGACAAGCCCAUGGCGCCUAGCCGUGUUCGAGUGGAAGACGCCUCUAGCAAAUUUGAAUGCGGCGAAAUUUCAUGGCUUGGUGGUUCCAAUAUACUUGUUGGUGCUGCUCAGAUUGAAGAAGACGGAAGGUACAACCCAUCUCUGAGGCAGUUUGACUUGGAGCGGGAGGCUGUCGUGGGCCUGUACUGUGGACUCAAAGGUGGAAUGUCAAUCGAAAAGCAGCACUGCUUCGAACGCUUCAACUCAAUUCUUCUAGCUGACAGCCACUUCAGCUAUGUCUUUGAUGUCAGGACCUUCAAGCCUUCUAUUACUCUUGAUACAGGGCACAUUGAAGGCCAAAUUUUGGGGAUCCCUGGGCCAGCGGCCAUGACGGCAUUUGCUUUUUCGCAACGAAAUGCCGAAAACAUCCAGUGCUGGGAUCUUCGUAUGCCAGCUUCUCACGCCUAUUCCAUGUGGACGGGCAACAACAGUGUCAAUGGUCUCUUUUGGCACGAGCGAACGGCUAGCUUGAUCGCUUCGACCUCCAACUUGCAUCAUCUUCAUCUGCGUAACAUUCGCUCAGGCGAGCGCGCCGCCAGGGGUGAAUGGUAUCCAGAAUCUGAUGCUGAUGAUGACUCUGACUGGCCUGAGGAAGCGGUCCACGAUCCUGGCUACUUUGGUAACUCAAAGUGGUGUCGCGACAUUGGUUUCUCUGCUCUGAUCCAAUACUCUUUCAACAGUGGCAAGCCAGUAUCGUCUCCUUCGAAAGAGUGAGGGGUCCGUGAGGAAGCCUCAUAGAAGAGUGGACCAAUGUACACGGAGGAGCAUGGCUGUUGCUGCAACAAUCAAACCGUAAGGGGGCUGUUGCCUGAAAGCAAUCAAACCAAGGUUGCCUACCGGUACUUCCGGAAGCCGCCAAAGCAAAAUCAAGAAAACUUGCAUGGCAUCCCCUUCUUUACCGAUAGGAAACAUUUAGAAAAAGGCUUGGAAUUGUACCAGGAGUUUCUCCGAAGUAGCUGCAUCCUGGUAGAUCAAUGGAUUAGCUAUGGAUUCGAGAACCGGGAAAGGACAAUGCAGAGGAGUGGAUGCUUUGAGGAUACCGGUACAACCAAUUUCCACGGAUCUUCCAGGCUUGUCCUGUCCAUGAGCUUGAUCUUGUGGUACUGGGCUGGGUGCUUCGUCACAGUUCAUAAGAAUCGAGUCAUUCGAUCAAUCCGCUUCAAAAUCACAACAGUUCUACCUUGGAACAAAUGACAACCACGAUAAAAAGGGCAAUUUGUGUCCACAGUUGGGAACGUUGGAAUCAACUUCUCAUUCCUCCAUUUCAUGCGCAACACCAUUGCCGCAAGAUCUGCUCGCUGAUGGGUACACCAGCGGACUCGCAUGUACAACUUCUUGCCCUGAUAUCAGGAGGACGUUGCAUCAAGCAACUUUGGCCCCAUCUUUUAUUUGUGCGACUUAGAUAGCGGCCAUGGGCACUGUGGCGUGGCACCGUCAAUUUAUUCGGAUAAUCGUAACUUUCACGUGUCCAGAUUGGACGCGUUCUGCGCCGAUGUUGGACCUGAAGGUGACUCAAAUGUGAACGAUGAAGCCUACUUCGAACACGAUGGGAGCAAAACUAUCCCCAUGAGGGACUCACCAACCUGUACAGCUGUGUAGGUGGCUACUAGCACUGCUUGCAUGAUGACUUUGAAUGAAACGACCUGGACGUUCAUAGGUUCGAGGGGCGUUGCGUCUCUCAUCUCACCGGCAUCUCGCCGAGUAAAGCGAGACAGAGGUGGAGUCAACGCCACUGCUACCCCAAGGCGAAUACAGCUCCCGGUGCACGUACAAUAGGCAUUGCUCUUCAAGUCUGGGAAUAGUUGGUGGGACGUCCUCUGGGACUGCUUGGCUGGGCAAAUGGCGUCUGAUCCGCAUCUUUUGUGACGAUGGCGGUGCGAUUGAGCUGCUACAUCAAACUUCCAACCCGUCCAAUGCACCGGUGACGUACCGUGCGAGUCUGACACUGUUGAGCGCCAAAGCAUCCACUCGGAUGUUGUCGUGGGGAGUUAUUCCUCGCAGUUGGGACACUUCGCACUGUGGAAGUACCUUGACCGGCACUCCGACACAGGUACGUGCACUGAUUGGCAGUACGAAUGUGGAGACAGCAAUUGCUUUCGUUUUUUUAUCUCCUGAUACCGGUACGGGCAAUGCAUUGGAUGGAGGCGACGACCUUCGGUACACGUGUUUGGGAGCUGUGGCUCGGCUGAAUGACGGAGACGAAGGGGUCGCCUUGCCAAAUCCCAACGUGACCCUGAAAACAGUUGGGCCGUACGUGGGGUACCGGUACUCUGUUGAGGCUUGCUCUCCUUUGAACCUUCCGAAGCACCCCCAACAAAGUAUUGGAGUUGCGGAGGCUUCUGCUCCGUCUGGCGGCAUCGGUGCGUUUGCAACAAGUUCUCCCUCUGUUGAAGACGGACGAGUGAUCGAAGUGACCACAGCGUCUCCCACUGAGGAGGCAGAAAACAUCGUUUGUGUGAAUGAAUCGCUUUGGUGCUACAGGUGACUUGCCGUGACCCCAGGCUCUUUAAAACCCUGGAGGAUUGAUUCUUUUGGUUUUGUGCAUUGAAUCGGUUGGUGAACACUGGGACUAACGAAAGUUGCACGACAACGUCUUUUUAAGGAUGUCCCACGGGGGUAUUUCUUAAAAGUGUGAAAAACCCAUCCUCUCCGUGCUUUUAUCGCGACAAGAAAAGUGAGGGGCCAUCAUUGUUGUGCUACCUUCGAACUAUUCCUACUCCACCAAAUGCUAGUGUCUGUUUCUUGUUGAGAUAUUCCACCUUAUAAAGUAAACUAUGCUCUAUCCAACUGACCACAAUGGGACACAAAAUGUGUUGUUGUGUGUUCAGCCAAUGUAACUGCCAUCGGCCC